AGCUUUGCCGGCGGAGCCGCAGCGCUGGUGGCAGGAACUGUCUCAAAGCGCAAUUCCGAUACACAAUCAGGCGCACACAUCACUAGCUGUGCCACCUGGGGAGGGCGGCUGGGAGGCGGUAUUCGCCGUCUCGGGCGGCUUUGCGGCGUCCCCAGAGGAGCAGGGCCAGGCACAGCUAUUCUGAGCACUCAGCCACGUGGUCUCGGGGACAUUUUAAUAAACUCGCAUCAGCAACAGAGCCAACAGCUUCUCCUUAAAAUAAAAGAGCUAUUUGGGAGCACGGCACGGCAAGGAAGCGACCUGUGUGGGUGAGAAGAGGAGAACUUGGGUACCCAGCGAAAAUGUCCGACAAAACCCCCUUCGAAACGGAUAUGCUGACGCUCACGCGAUUUGUUAUGGAAAAGGGGCGCCGAGUGAAAGGAGCUACGGGGGAGCUGACGCAGCUGCUCAACUCCAUGCUGACGGCCAUAAAGGCUAUCUCCUCCGCAGUCAGGAAGGCAGGCCUUGCCCAAAUGUUUGGCAUCGCUGGCACCAUGAACGUGACCGGCGACGAAGUGAAGAAGCUGGAUGUGCUAUCCAACUCCCUGGUGAUCAAUAUGCUCCAGUCCUCCUACAGCACCUGCGUCCUGGUCACGGAGGAGAACAAGGAGGCCAUCAUCACCCCCAGAGACAAGCAGGGGAAAUACGUGGUAUGCUUUGAUCCCCUCGAUGGCUCAUCCAACAUAGAUUGCUUGGCACCAAUAGGAACAAUAUUUGCUAUCUACAAAAAGGAAACAAAAGACGAGCCCUCCGAAAAAGAUGCUUUGCAGCCCGGACGCAAUAUUGUUGCUGCAGGAUAUGCCCUGUACGGCAGCGCUACCCUGGUGGCCCUCUCCACGGGGCAAGGAGUGGACUGCUUCAUGCUCGAUCCGGCUCUUGGGGAAUUUAUUUUGGUGGAUAAAGAUGUCAAAAUCAAGAAGAAAGGGAAGACCUACAGUCUCAACGAAGGUUAUGCCAAGUAUUUUGACCCUGCAAUGACAGAAUAUUUACAGAAGAAGAAAUUCCCUGAGGAUGGCAGUUCCCCAUACGGUGCCAGGUACGUGGGCUCCAUGGUAGCUGAUGUUCACCGUACACUGAUGUACGGUGGGAUUUUCAUGUACCCAGCGAAUCAGAAGAGUCCUAAAGGAAAGCUCCGACUCCUCUACGAGUGCAACCCCAUGGCCUUCAUCGUCGAGCAGGCAGGUGGCAUGGCCACUACAGGGACCGAGGCCGUGCUGGAUGUGAAACCCGAGGCUCUUCACCAGAGGGUCCCUCUUAUUCUCGGUUCUCCGGACGACGUGCAGGAAUACCUCGCGUGUGUACAGAAACACCAAAAGAGCAGCUAAAGGCAUUUCCACACCAGACCUUGCUCAUCUAUCUGCUGGGAAAACAGUGCAGCUCAAGCUGGUGGAUGCGAGCAUUUCAGCAUCCUUCUCUCUGUGGAGAGCCCUUUUAAUGAGAACAUGAGAAAUAGUGAGAAUGGCUGCUGGAAAAAAAAAAGUUUCAUUUCUCCUUGCAAACAAGUCUAAAAAUUCUUUAAUGAUGGUUUCUACGAAGUAAGUGUAGAAACAGUGGCAGUAGCUACUUACUUUAUGACAUUAACAAAAUGAGUGGAUUGUGUCAGUCCCUGCAUUUGAUCUAAAGCCAGACGUCUGACACUGCAGUUGCUGGAGUCGUCUGGGGCCGAAAAUUUUCAUGCCAACAUUUAUAAUGCCGUUAACUGGAUUUGCUGCCAGAGGUUUUAUUGCAGGUGCUUUCACUCUUCUCAGGGCCGACAAGAUAAGAAGCCCUGCGCUGUCUGAAGCGGUGUUUUCAAGUUAUAUUUGUCUUGGGCAACUAAUAAAGGUGAAAAUACAGCAACCUUGCUGGGCAAUUUGGGUUCUCACGUGAAUGGGAAAACAGCUGGUUCACAGGCAGGUAACCUACAAGCUACAAUAAAACCUUGCUCCGAAUGUGACACUCGGAUCGUCCCUAUCUCCUGUUUAUCCAUAGUCCCCUGGAGCUGGAGAUGAGCUACUGCCACAAAGCGGCUGCUACGCCUCUGGUUUCCUUUGCUUCGAAAGGCACUUGCUUCAGAUUUAAACUCGCCCUUUUAUACAUACUAGGGUUAGCUUCCUAGCUAAUUUUAGCACAUUCAUCGUAGUAGAAUCAGCUCUGAAACAAGCCUGUGUUUAUUAAGCAAUGAGAAGAAAAUUAUUAAAAGUGCGACUACAUUAAGAGUGUGAAAAUUGAGGCUCAGGUCACUUUAAGUAUACGGCAUACUGUCGCUUCCACUGGAAUUACAGCUGAUCCCUUUAUAGCCCUCCUGUCUCUUGCAGCCCUCAUCACAUGGACAUUUCUUUUGGCAGCAGUCUUGCCUUGAGCAGCUCCUGCCCCAGCUGCCCAUUUUCGCCCCUGCUCCAUGCCUCCGGCUGUGCUUGUACACAACGUUAAGACUGCAUCGUGAACUGGAUUAGGACAUAGAUAAGAGUUAAAAAUACCCCUGGGGGGGAAAAAAAAAAAACAGCCCUCAAAUAGUUGCUUUUAAAACUUACGACCAUGUUGUAUUACUCAUGAAGAAGCAGCAGGCUGAAUAAAGGCAGACAGAACCACACAGAGCAGGUAUUUACCCAUAGUCA